AUGAUUCUGGUGAUCGGUAGAUUUCCACUCAUCAGAAAACAAAUAGUAGUAAAACGCAUCCUUUCGCUAUACUUAGGAGCCAUAGUGAAGUUGUUGAAUAAAGCGUAUUCUCCGUCAUUAGUCCAAGGAAUUUUGCAGAUUUAUUACAAUGGCUUAUGGGGGACGAUAUGUAAUGAUUACUGGGACAUGACUGAGACAAACGUAGCAUGUAAACAGCUUGGAUACCAGAACGCAUCAACCUUCAAGUAUUUAGGACAAGGACCUGAUCCAAUUUGGUUAGAUGACGUACAUUGUACUGGUGGUGAAUCAUUCCUACAUCAGUGCACUCACAGAGGAUGGGGUGUCCAUGGCUGCAGGCACRUCGAGGACGUUGGUAUCGUGUGCAAUACAGGAAAGACACAGCCAAUAAGGUUGUUAAGUAAAACAGAUUCUUCGUUAUCAGUGAAAGGUACUUUGCAAAUUUUUUACAAUGGUCAAUGGGGGACAAUAUGUGUUGACUCCUGGGACAUGACUGCCACAAACAUAGCAUGUAAACAGCUUGGAUACAAGAAUGGAGUGGGGUUCAAUCACUUAGGACAAGGAACUGGUCCAAUUUGGCUAGAUGACGUUGUCUGUAAUGGCGGCGAAUCUACACUAGAUCAGUGCACUCACGGAGGAUGGGGUGUUCAUAACUGCGGACACCACGAGGACGUUGGUAUCGAAUGUACAGACAAACCACCGCGUAAUGUAACCGUGUCUCCAUCACAACUGGUACUAAAUGAAUAUGAAAAAUUGAAUCUGACCUGUAAUGCAGCAGCUAAUCCUGAUGGAAACUACUCGUGGUCGAUGAAUGGCAAGAUUCUGGAAGGAAAAACUAACCGUGUAUUGACUACAGACAAUAUCACAGCACAAGAUGCUGGAGAAUAUAUCUGUACAGUUACGCAUACCUUUGGUGCAGAUACAAGUAACAGAGUCGUUAUUUAUGUUCGAUACAUUGGGAAUGCAGUUUGUUCUGCUCCUGCUUCAGCCAACGAGGGCGACGUUAUGGUUUUGAAUUGUUCAGCAAAGGGCUAUCCACCUGUAAGCUAUACAUGGACUACACCAGACAAACUACAUCAAGGACCAAUCGCGAGUAUUCCAGCCACUGCCGAUCUGAAUGGUGUAACAGUAACAUGCAAAGCUACAAAUAAAGUCGAAAUCAGCACAUGUACGAGAUCACUGACAGUGUACUAUAAGCCAUACAACAUCCAGGUGUCGCCAACAAGUGUGGUUUUGAACGAAAAAGAAUCAAUUAAUAUCACCUGUAGCGCAUCAGCUAAUCCUCCUGGCGAGUACUCCUGGUCAUUNGGAGAAGUCAUGCAAAAUCCAGUAGUUUCUAUCAUUUUCUUAUCAGAACGAUGA